AUGGCUGGUGACAGGUACAACCAGGACUCAAGAAGAGCCAGUGACAAAAUUCCAGACUUUUUGAUUGAUUCUGUACCUUAUAUCAAUAAUACAAAUCAUAUCAAUUCUCAAAUUACAAAAGAUAAAAUUAAUCCUUAUUUACCAGCUGAAAAGGCAAGAAAAUAUUCUUCUUCAAGUAUAAAAUCAUUUGAAUCAUUUGAAAAACCAAAUGCUGCUGUUGCUUCCUCUGCUGCUGAUCGUUCUUUCAAUAGUGAAGGUGACGCGUCUAAAUUUAGUUUUGAAUCAAUAACAAGAGGUCCAAGUCCAAUAAAUCAAAAACAUCAUAAAAGAAUCAUAUCUACAAAUUCUGAACCAACAUAUCAUACAAAUUAUAACAAUACAACACCAAUAGAUACCUCUAUGGAUCAAUCUUCCUUUUCAGGUUUCCAAAAUCAAUCUCAAUUACAAAAUCAAACAACUGCAAAUUCUUCAAGUUUUGUCACUGCAAAUAAUUCAACAAAUUUCAUAAAUAAUGAUCAAUUAACUACACCUUCACAAUUAUCUUUACCCAAGGUACGAUCACGUUCAACGUCCCCUAAACCUCCAUUGACUAUUCAAACUUCAACCCCAAAUACAAGUUUCAAUUCACAUAUCAAUAAUACCAAUAUCAAUACCAAUAUUAGCACUACUAAUGAACUUUAUAAUGAUUCAACAAAUAGUUCAAUUAAUCAAUUCAGCUUCUUCAACACAAGUCCAGCUUCUUAUCCUGAUAGCCCUUCGUCAAAUAUCAAAAAUUUCAAUCAACAAACUAAAAGAAGUUCGAUAAUACCGAAAGAAUCUCCUCAUAGUAGAAAUUCUUCAAUUUCUUGGGCUGUUAAUAAUCCAAAUGAAUGGACUAUAGAAAGAGUCGUAUAUUGGUUAGAAUUACAUCAAUUUAAUGAAACUUGGUCAAAUACUUUCAUAAAACAUGAUAUUAUAGGUUCAAAAUUUUUAUCAAUGACAAAUUAUCAAAACUUAAAAAAUUUAAAAAAAGAAUUAUCAACUUCUAAUGACUCUACACAAUCAAGGUUUAUUCAUUUAUUAAGGAAAACCUUAGAUAAACCUUUAUCUUCAAGUGGAACUACAAUAAAUACUUCAUCUCCUUUAUAUUCCACUUUUACAAAUACAAUUGAACCAAUUCCAAACAAUGAUAAUAAUAGUUUUAAUUCUUCUUCUCCUUCUUUUGAUAGUUUAAAAUCAAGUCCUGCAAAUUCUAUUGGUGAAUUAAAUUUCAAAAAUAAUGAUGACAAUGAUGAUAUUAAUUCAUUACAAGAUAAUGAUCGAUUAGUUCCAACAAUUUCAGCUCCACAAUUAUUUAUACCUUCAAAUAACCUACAAGAUCCUCAAAUACCUUCAGUCCCACCAAUACCACAACAACAACAACAACAAGUUGUUUCACAACAAGUUUCUCAAGAUUCUCGUUUUAAUCCACCAAUGAAUCCUGCAAAUAAUCCACCUCCAUUACAUCCACAACAAAGAUUAACAAGAGUUAAUACUAAAAGAAGACCUGUUUCAACUUAUGAACACUCAUCAAAAAAUAUGUGGUCAUCAAAUUAUUCACCUGUUUCACCAGCUUUUUCAAAUCAUUCACAUCAUGGUCAUGGCUUUUUCAGAAGACAUCAAAAAUCAAGUUCAUCUGAAUCUUCAUUAUUUAGUUCAAUUUUACCAAAUUCUGGGAAUAAUACAACAUCAGGAACAACUGGAACUACUUCAUCAUCAAAAGAUAAAGAUAAUAAUAUUGAUUUACAAAAUUUUAACAAAGAUUAUGAUAAUAAAAGAUCAAGUAUUAUUUCUAAAAAUGAUAAUAAUGAAUCAAAAGGUUUAUUAAGUAAAUUUAGAUUAAGAAAUGAUAGAUCUAAAAGUAAAGAACCAAUUUUAAGAAAAGGUACACAAUCUCCUGUAAGUCCAAUAUCAAUGAGUGCAGUGGAUCUUCAACAACAACAUGAUCAACAACAACAACAAAAAUCAAAACUUGAACAGAAAAAAUCAAAUGAUACAUUAAAUUUUAAACCUUUAAUUAUUGAUAGACAAUUUUUACCAAUUCCAAAUAAUAAAAAUUCUGAUAAAUAUAUAUUAAUUACAAAAGAUAAUGAAUUUUUCCAACCUAUAAAUAUUGGUGAUAUUAAUGAUUUAACAAGUUUAAAAUCUCAUUUAUUUAAAAAAAUUGAUCCAAAUUGUAUUGAUGCUUCAAUUCAUUUAACAGAAUUUGGUUCCACUCAAGGUGAAGCAUUAGAUGAUUUAACAUUAAAUGAAAUUAUUCAAAAAAAUUUUAAUAAUUGUUCAAUAAAAUUAUUUAUUUCACCAAUUGAUUAUAAUAAUUUAACUUCCACAAUAACAAAUUCAACUUCUAUAUCAAAUACAAGUCUUUCAGAUUCUCAAUCAUUUGAAACAAAAGGUGAAGAUAAAUUAUAUCCAAAUACUCCUCAACAUUUUUAUGAUAUUAGUUCAAAUAAACCUUCGGGAGAAGUUGAUUAUUUAAAUUUUAAAAAUUUUACUACAACAAAUUCUUCAACUUCACCAAAUAGUAAUAAUGGUGGUAAUGCGGGAUUAUCUUCAUCAAAAUCAUUGAACACAAGAAUUACUCCACCAAUUUCAAAUAUAAAUCCAAGAUCUCCACCAAUUAUUAUAAAUCCACCACCUUUAUCAAGAAAUCUUCAAUCAUUAAGUACUUCAAAUUUACCACAACCUAAAUCAUCAAUUAAUCAAACAUCAAACCCUGGAACAAAUGAUGAAAAAAGUUCAUUUAGAGUUAUAAGACCAAAAGAAAGACCUGAAAUUAAUUUUGAUAAAAGAAGAGAAUCACCAUUUGCAAGACCACAAAAUAGUUUUAUUGCUAAAAGAAGUGCACCUCCACCUCCACUAUUAAGAAAACAAUCAUCAAAAUAUAAUGAAAAAUCUUUAUUAACCCCUGUUAAAGAAUCUGUUAGUAAUGAAGGAACUUAUAUUGCUUCUUAUACACCUGGUUCAAGUAAUACUUUAGUUCCUGAACCUUAUAAAGGAAGUUCUGAUAGUAUUUCACCUGCUUCAAGAAAAGUAUUUGAAUUUGAUCAAGAAUUGGAGAAACAAAAGCAAAAACAAGAAGGAGGAAAUGAACUUGAAAGAUCAAAAACUACAAUAUCUAGAGCUAAUGAUGGUAAUAAUAUAUCAAGAAAAUCAAGUAUUUUGAGGAAUAGAAAUAAUACUAUAAAAAGAUCAAUAACAAGAAAAUUUUCUCAAAAUGCAAGAGAUAAAUUUCAAGAAAAUGUUAUAUCAUUUGAUGAUGCUCCUACAUUGGACGAUGAAACAAGUGAUGAUGAUUCAGAUGAUGAUUUUUGGGCAAAAGCUCCAACUGAUCUUGAAAAAAAUGAAGCUAAUAAUAAUAAUGAUCAUGAUGAUAAACCUAAUGAUGUUGAACAAAUUGAAACACCUGAAACACCUGAAAUUUCUAAAAUGGUUGUUAGACCUGCACCUGAAGUUCUUUAUGAUAAUUUAGAAAAAUUUUUCCCUAAUGCAAAUUUAGAUCAACCAGUUGUUGAUGUUACACCACCAACUUCACCAAAUGUUGAAGUAAAGAAGAAAUUCUCCAAUAAUGGAUCUGAUCAGUUUACUAAAAGGGUUAUAAGUAGUACUUCAUUUGAUGAAGAUGGUAUUGAAAAACUAGCUAAACCUCAUAGAGUUAAAACUAUUAGAGCUGUUGCAAGAGAAGCUGGUGAAGCAAGAAAAAGAGAAUCUAUAAGAAGGACAAUUCAUCAAAAUAUUUCAAAUAAUAAUACAAAUAAUAAUUCUAAUAAUUCAACUCUAGUUAGAAGACAAAGUACUAAAAUGUGGGGGAAAAAAGUUAUUGAAGUUAAACCAAAUCAAACUCAAUAUUUAAGUAAAUUAAGAAGUUCAAGGGGUGAAUUUAAACAAUUUAGUUGGAUUCGAGGUGAUUUAAUUGGGAAGGGAACAUUUGGUAAUGUUUAUUUAGCAUUAAAUGUAACAACUGGUGAAAUGAUUGCAGUUAAACAAGUUUUAAAACCAAAAAAUUAUUCAGAAGGUAAUAAUAAAAUUUCUGAAGUUAUUGAAGCAAUGAAAUCUGAAGUUGAAACUUUAAAAGAUUUAGAUCAUUUAAAUAUUGUUCAAUAUUUAGGUUUUGAACAAACUGAAAAAGAAUAUAAUUUAUUCUUAGAAUAUGUUGCAGGUGGUUCAAUUGCUUCAUGUUUAAGACUCUAUGGUAAAUUUGAAGAACCAUUAAUUAGAUUUUUAACUUCACAAGUUUUAAAAGGUUUAUCAUAUUUACAUUCUCGUGGUAUAUUACAUCGUGAUAUGAAAGCUGAUAAUUUAUUAUUAGAUCUUGAUGGUGUAUGUAAAAUUUCAGAUUUUGGUAUUUCUAAAAAAUCAAAUGAUAUUUAUGCAAAUGAUGCUGCAAUGUCAAUGCAAGGUACUAUUUUUUGGAUGGCACCAGAAGUUGUUGAUAGUAGAGAAGGUUAUAGUGCAAAAGUUGAUAUUUGGUCAUUAGGUUGUGUUGUACUGGAAAUGUUUGCAGGUCGUAGACCAUGGUCAAAUUUAGAAGCAAUAUCUGCAAUGUUUAAAAUUGGUAAAUCAAAAAGUGCACCACCAAUUCCUGAUGAUGUUUUACCAAAUGUUUCAAAAGAUGGACAAAAAUUUUUGGAUAAUUGUUUUGCAAUUGAUGCAAAUAAAAGACCAACAGCUCAAGAAUUAACCAUUGAUUCUUUUUGUAAUGUUGAUGAAAAUUUUACAUUUAAUUCAACAAGAUUAUCACAAUUAAUUAAAGCUAAUGAAAAAAAAAUAACGUUAUGA